AUGCAGGCUGCUUGCCGCCGGCCGAAGUUCACGGAGCUCACCGCGACAAAUCUCAAUAUCCUCUGCAACGCGCUCCAGCUGCGCGUUCCGCGUCACGGGAACAUCAUCCCCGGCAUAUCGUGCACGGUGCUCCGGUGCAGAUCCGGCGUGACGAGGACUAUUCCUAGCUCGUUGUCCUCGACGAAAGCGACCUGCCUGCUCUUCCUAGGAGGGGACUAUGGCGGCAAGGUGGCAGUCGCUCAGGAGCUCGCGAGGCUCGUGUUUGGCUCAUACGCCGAGUUCACCACGGUCCAGCUUCAGGGUAGCCCUAACAUUCGCACACACAACGGCAAGCUCGCCCUCAAGAGGCAGAGAUCACCGGACAAUGACGGCGACCUCGAAGAGAGGCUGUUUGAAGCGGUCGUGGAGAACCCUCACCGCGUUAUAUUGAUGGACGGCGUCCACCUCCAGGAUCGCGAUUUGGAGAUGCACAUCAUGGGGGGAGGAAUGGUGAGGGGAUGCAACGGUGAUGUGGUCAGCCUGGAGGAUGCCAUCAUAGUGCUGAGCGCCUCUGACGUCUUGGACUCGAGGAGGUACGUGGCUUCACCUUCCUCUCCACGGGCGAAACGACGGUUUGGUGGACAGAACCGUGAGAAAGGUGAUGACGGCACGGAGAUGAAGCGUCGUCAUGGCUGUGAUUUGAAUGUUUGUGCAGUGGUUGAGGAAGAGGAGGAAGAUAGUUUGGCUGAUGACGAGGGGAUCCAGAAUGUCGUGGAUGGUGUUUUCCUUUUCAAUUAG